GUCAUUAAAGAGCCAAGCCAAAAACUUUUUUUCUGUUAACUAUGAAAUAGCUGUUUCUAACCCCCUUUUUCCUUUAUUUUUCUGACCUUCACACAAGAGGUUUCAUCUACCCCCAUGAAAGCUCACCAAAACAAUCAAGCCUCAGCCUUCUGCAUCCACAGCUGGUUCCGACUCUGCAAUUUUGUUUUCCCAUGGUUUGUUUGCUUGCACACAAGUGUGUUUGGUUUCUAUUACUAAUUUAAUACAAAACAUAAAGUAUCUAGGAAUCUGGCAUCAUCUGGGGUUGUCACCCAGUUCGCACCAGCUUGUGUUUUGACUCCUCUUUAUUUGAACUGAAAGCCCUUUUAGCAUUCCAAAGUAUACCAUAUUUACCUUGUCCUCCUCACAAGCACUUCCCAUCUGGGUCUCUCUCUCCCCCUCCCACUUUCCAUUGGACCUCAAAUUUUGUUCAAGGUGUGCCAUCUUUUCUUCAUUUAUUUGUGAGUACUGACACCUACAAGCUCCUUUCCUUGUAUUGCUUUUGGCUACUUUAGAUUUGUCUUUCUUGUUCAAUUCUAUACGUUGCUAUUUAGGAUUUAGAUUUCUUCCGUAUCUGUAACUGAAAAGCGCCAACUUUUUUGCUUGCUCUUGCUAUAUUAUGCAAUCUUGGAUUUUGAUUUCACUUCCUUAUUCAUCCCUCCUCAUGGAUUUUGGUUUCUUUUGUUCUGCUAUUGAUUACUAGGGGCACCCUAGUGCUCUGCCUUGAUAAGAGUCCUUAGUUUCUAUCUUAAAGCUCAAUAGAUUUCCAUAUUUCCCCGGUAAAGUUCCAGAUUUCGAAAUGAUGGGCAGUGUAGGAUCUAGACGUUUCAUUUGUGUACUUUUGUCAAUCUUAAGCUUGGUAUGUUUAUCUAGUGGAUUCACUCCUGUAGACAAUUAUCUUAUAGACUGCGGAUCACUCACCAAUACUACAGUAGGUAACCGUGUUUUUGUUGCUGAUAACUCUGCCUCCAACUUUCUUUCAACCCCGAAAAACACUUUUGCAAAUGCUUCAAUAUCUGUCACUUCUGGGGAUGAUUCACCACUCUAUCAAACAGCAAGAAUCUUUGAUGGAACCUCAAAGUACACCUUUUUGAUUAACCAACCUGGGAGGCAUUGGAUUCGUCUAUAUUUCUAUCCAUUUGUUAGUGGUAGUUACAACAUGAGCAAUGCGAGUUUUGGUGUUUCCACCCUAAACUAUGCCUUCCUCAGCAAUUUCAGUGUGAAGGCUUCUGUUGUGAAAGAAUUUUCAGUUAAUGUAACCUCAAAGAACCUUGUUAUCACCAUCACUCCUUCAGGCAAUUCAUUUGCCUUCUUAAAUGCCUUGGAAGUCGUUUCAGUUCCUGAUGAGCUCAUUACAGAUGAUGCUGAAACUUUUAAUCCAGUGGGGAGAUUCAAAGGCCUGUCCUGGCAGGCUCUGGAGACUGUUCAUAGGGUGAACAUGGGUGGACCAACAGUUUCCUUUGAGAAUGAUACCCUUGGGAGAACUUGGGUUCCUGACCAAAGUUUUCUCAUCCAAAAUAACCUUGCUAUCAACGUGUCCAAUAUUGCAGCUGUCAAGUAUGUAGUUGGUGGGGCAACACAGGAUUCUGCUCCGAAUGCUGUUUAUGGUACUGCCUCUAGAAUGAACUCAGAUAAUAAUCCCAGCAGCAACUUCAAUGUGACCUGGGAGUUCAACGUGCAGCCAGGGUUUCAGUAUCUUGUUAGGUUUCACUUCUGUGAUAUAGUAAGUAGAAAUCUUAACGAGCUCUACUUCGAUGUUUACAUUGACUCCUGGCUUGUUGCUGAGAAUGUGGAUCCAAGCACUAUUGCAAAUACUUUGGCUGUUGCAUUUUAUAUGGAUUUUGUUACUGCAGCAACGGUUAGCAAUAAACUUCGUGUGAGUAUUGGUCCAACCAACACUAUUAGUAGUGCCUACCCCAAUGCAAUUCUAAAUGGGUUGGAGAUCAUGAAAAUGAACAACUCGUUGGGUAGCCUCAGUGGGACAGCUCCUGCAGUUGCAAAUUCAAGUUCGAAGAAGAAUGUUGGUGUGAUAGUGGGAUUGAGCAUCGGAGCACUUAUCCUAGCGGUGUUGGCUGGUAUUUUCUUUAUGUUCUGCAGAAAGAGAAGAAGGCUGGCACGCCAAGGCCAUUCUAAGACGUGGAUUCCUUUUUCCAUCAAUGGAGGAAAUUCUCACACCAUGGGUAGUAAAUACUCGAAUGGAACAGCCACUAGUCUUGGUUAUAAUUUGGGGUAUCGCAUUCCUUUUGUGGCAGUUCAAGAGGCAACAAACAGUUUUGAUGAGAGUUGGGUUAUUGGCAUUGGUGGUUUUGGAAAGGUAUACAGGGGAGUUUUAAAUGAUGGUACAAAAGUGGCUGUUAAAAGGGGAAAUCCACGCUCCCAACAGGGACUUGCAGAGUUCCAGACUGAAAUUGAGAUGCUCUCUCAGUUCCGGCAUCGCCAUCUGGUUUCAUUGAUUGGGUACUGUGAUGAAAAGAAUGAGAUGAUCUUGAUUUAUGAAUACAUGGAGAAUGGAACUCUCAAGAGUCAUCUCUAUGGCUCAGGUUCUCCUACCUUGAGUUGGAAGGACAGGCUUGAGAUAUGUAUUGGAGCAGCUAGAGGACUCCAUUAUCUUCACACUGGAUAUGCAAAAGCAGUUAUUCAUCGUGAUGUAAAGUCUGCUAACAUAUUGCUUGAUGAGAAUCUCAUGGCCAAAGUAGCUGAUUUUGGGCUUUCAAAGACAGGACCUGAAAUUGAUCAGACCCAUGUGAGCACAGCAGUGAAAGGGAGUUUUGGAUACCUCGAUCCUGAGUAUUUUAGAAGGCAACAACUGACAGAGAAAUCAGAUGUUUAUUCCUUCGGGGUGGUGUUGCUUGAAGUUCUUUGUGCCAGACCUGUUAUAGAUCCAUCCCUCCCAAGAGAAAUGGUUAACUUAGCUGAAUGGGCAAUGAAAUGGCAGAAGAGAGGGCAGUUGGAACAAAUAAUAGACGCCGCUCUUGCGGGAAAAAUUAGACCAGAUUCACUUAGGAAGUUUGGAGAAACCGCUGAGAAAUGCUUAGCCGACUUUGGGGUUGACAGGCCUUCUAUGGGAGAUAUCUUGUGGAAUCUGGAGUAUGCCCUUCAACUGCAAGAAGCAGUUUUACCAGGCGAUCCUGAAGAAAACAGUACAAAUAUGAUCGGCGAGCUCUCUCCACAAAUCAACAAUUUCAGCCACAGUGAUGAUAGUGUAUCUGCUGCACAGUUUGAAGCCUCAAGUGUGGAUGGCCUCUCAGGUGUUUCAAUGAGUAGGGUUUUCUCACAGCUGGUGAAGUCUGAGGGCAGAUGAAUUGCUAGAUGGUAAAUUUGAUGCUUUUAGCUCCUCUGAUAACUCUGGUUUGUCCUCUCACCAACUACUGCUUGUCAUACCAGAGGAGACGGGAAAAUUCUAUUUAUUUUUCUGGGAAAGGAAAACCUAUACUUGUUAAGAUGCAUUUGUUUCUUUAGUCAAUUUAUGAGAGCAUCUCCCAAGAUCAAUUUGUCCUGAGAUUGGUCUCCGGGUGUGAGCAUAAGGAGACAUCCCCAUACACUACAGCCAGUCGGCUUCAAUAAAGUUGUCUUAACCAUGCUAAAUUGUUUCGGGAAUUCUGCAAUCAAGCCACGUAUCCAGUCUCUUGUGUACAGUCGAGGUGGUUCAGAUAGUAAAUUGACGGGGAUGUUGAAUCUUACCCUGUAACAUGCAUGUGUUUUUAUUCUUGUUAGUGUUGAAAUGAAGUGCAUUUAUUUGGUCAGUGUAUGAAUGUUAAAGAAUCUGCAAGUAGGGGGAGCAAGGCACUGUCGAGUGCCUGCUAGAAAUUUGUCCCUGGGUACAUUAUCUAGCAGAUGAUUUUUGAAUA